AUGAGUAGUAAAAUCAGUCAAGCCGAGAAGGGAUCGUCGCAGCAGCUCGUGUUGCUGGACGACGAUGAGGUGCGCCAAGCGAUCACCGCACGUGAGGCCAUCAAGGUGGUGGGCGAGGCCUUCGUCCAGCUGCAUACCAAGGACGCCCAGGUGCCUCUUCGCACCGGCAUCGCCACCAGCGAACCAGGUGCCGCCACCUUCUUCAUGCCGGCGCGAGUCGCCAAGACCGGCGCGCUCGGUAUCAAGCUCGUCAGCGUGCGACCAAGCAACGCCGGCCGUGGACUCCCCACCGUGCCGGCUGUUGUAAUGCUGCUCGACGAACCCACCGGCCUGCCCGCGACGCAGCUGACGGCCAUCCGCACUGCGGCGGGCUCCGCGGUCGCCACCAACGCGCUGGCCAAGAAGAACGCGCACGUCAUGGUGGUGUUCGGUGUGGGAGAGCAAGCGCAGGCUCAUACUGAGGCUAUCUGCACCGUGCGAAGUAUUAAGGAGGUUUACCUCAUCAACCGAACUAAGUCGAAGGCGCUCGACCUGCAGCAGCGCUACCAGGCCGCUGUGGGCCACGGCUACACCGAAAUCACCUGGCAUGUCGUUGACAAGGACUCUGAAGAUGAGAACAAGGCCGUGAGUCGGGCGGACAUCAUAGUGACCGCCACCAACUCCUCCAAACCCAUCUUCAACGGCAAGUACCUGAAGCCCGGCGUGCACAUCAACGCCAUCGGGUCGUAUUCUCAUUCGAUGCAGGAGCUGGACGAAACGACUGUACAGAGCGCCAAGAUCGUGGUUGAUAACCGCGAGGCGGCGCUGAAGGAGGCCGGCGAUAUCGUGAUUCCCCUCGAGAAGGGUCUCAUCACCACCAGCAGCAUAGUCGCCGAGCUGGGCCAGGUCCUGGCCGAAGAAAUGGAGGUGCGUCAGUCGGAUGAGGACAUCACGCUGUUCAAGUCCGUGGGCAACGCCGUGCAGGACGUGUCGGUGGCUCACGCAGUCUUCCUCGCCGCCCAGAAGCGCGGGCUCGGCGAGCGCAUCGCCUUCAAUCCCACCGCCGCUCGCCUCUAA